UUGGUCACACACAGGCCUGGCCCUGCACCAUGAAGGGUUUCACUGCUGCCUUCCUCAUCUGGACCCUGAUUUCUCCCAGUGGUGGUGACACCCCAGCCUGGCCCACACACACAGCCUGCAAGGACUCAAGCUUGGAAGUGCUCUACCAGAGUUGUGAUCCAUUACAAGAUUUUGGCUUUUCUAUUGACCAGUGUUCCGAACAUUUAAAAUCAAAUAUCAACAUUAGAUUUGGAAUCAUUCUGAGAGAGGACAUAAAAGAGUUGUUUCUUGAUGCAAGUCUCCUGACGGGAGGAGUGCCCUUUUUGAAUUACUCCUAUCCCAUCUGUGAAGAGGAUCUCCCCAAGUUUUCUUUCUGUGGAAGAAGAAAAGGGGAGCAGAUUUAUUAUGCUGGCCCUGCCACUAAUCUUGGAUUUGAAAUUCCCAAGGGAGAACACCAGAUUUUGCUGAAACUGUAUAAUGAAAACCAUUCCAUGGUGGCCUGUGCCAACGCGACCAUCAUUUGCUCCUGAGCAGCUCAAAAGCACAGCAGCCUUGUCAUGUGGAAAUUCUAGGGCAUCUCCAACUGAACCUACAGUGUAAGCAGAACCUCUGUGAGAAAGCUUGCUGAAGCCACGGGCGCUGACUUAGCCCAGCACCCUGGGCCCCAGACUUCAUAUGUGGAAUGAAGCGCCCCAAAUCACCUGCUUCUAAGGAGCCUCCUGGUAGUCACUAAGCAGUCCUGAGGGCCCAUCCUUCUGUACGUGGGCACCUCACAGCAGACGCCCUGCUGCAGCUCCCUGGGAGUACUUCCUCAGGUACCAGAAUAA